AUGGGAAAAAGGUUUGAUCUUCAAGGAAUACGCGGAUUGGCAAUUCUUGCAGUUUUAGGAUUUCAUUUUUUUCCGAAUUAUUUCCCCAAUGGAUUUUUAGGCGUUGAUCAGUGAGUUUCGUAUGCAUAAAUAUUAAUUUUGAAAUCUUCAGGUUUUUUGUUUUGUCUGGAUUUUUGAUGUGUAUGUUAUUGACAAAAUCUUCGGAAGACGAAAAUAUUUCUAAUCUUCAAAUGGUCUAUAUUUUUUAUACACGAAGAUUUCGAAGAAUAUUACCACUCUAUCAACUUGUUCUGUUUAUUUCUAUAAUUUUUCUCUAUUCAUGUUUUGCGGAUAAAACAAUUCAAGAAAUCAAUAAAUCAUCGGCUCAAAAUGCAAUGAUGUUUAUCUCAAAUCGAAUGAAAAGUGAUGAAGAAAGUUAUUUCGAAAAACUCGCAAAUUCAGUAGAUAUUUUCACACACACCUGGUCACUUUCUGUUGAAAUUCAGUUUUAUAUCAUAACACCAUUAUUAUUUUUCAUGCCAUUCCGAAGUGUUUUGUUUUAUGUGAUUUCAUUGGCUAGUAUUGGAUAUUUUUGUUAUUUACCAAACAACUUUUCAUUUUUCAAUGUUUUUGCAAGGAUUUGGCAGUUUAUGAUCGGUAAGAUGCAAAUCUUGCAAAAAUUUAAAUGCAAAAAAUCUUUUUUCAGGGAUGAUCACUUAUGAAUUGAGCCAGAAAAUAUCAAAUGAAUAUCAAUUAUUAGACUCGGAUGAUUGUGAAAAACAAGAAGAACCUCAAGAAGAAAGGUCAUUUGAAAAAUGGACUUGGAUUUUAGCUUCAAUUAUAGUAUUUAACAUUUUUGUUGUGUUCCUUCCAAUGUCGUUGAACCCGCUAUUUUCGAGGUGAGCAAUUCGAAUUUUGAAGUCUCGAAUAGUUUUUGUUUCAAAAAUUUUAAAGUUUGGGGAAUUCGGUCUUAAAGUUGAUGCAAUCCAGCUUUUUUCAUUCAACAAAUGCAUUUCGAGUCUCAACAUUUGAGACCAAGAAUAAAAGCUUUGUAUAGAAAUUUCGCGAACGCGGUUAGAGCGGAGCGAAUUUAUGUUUCAUUGCUCGUUUCAAUAUUUGUUUAUAUAUAAUACUUUCGAAAGGAGAGUGCGAGAACCUUGUUUGAGGUUACUGUAGAACAUUUUGAGCGUUUUUUUUAAAUUUUCUGGAUUUCUCUGCGUCUCUCUCUCUCUCAAUUUGUUAUGUGUGAAAUGAGAUUCUAUGUAAUUCAUUUUUCCAGACCGCUUAUAACAUUUCUGACUGGAAUUGUGAUUUUAUUAUCAAAUGAAGAUCAAUAUUUACUCUCAAAUCGUAUUCUUGUUUACAUCGGAGAUAUUUCUUAUUCACUAUAUUUAAUUCAUUGGCCAAUUUAUUCGUAUUGGAAACUUUAUGCCGAACAAAAUCAAUUAUUAUUAAUUUUCAGUGUGGUUAUUGCAAUGCUCUUUUCAAUUUUUGUUUAUAAUACUUUCGAAAAAUGGUAUAUCAAGUUAGAUAACUCUCGGGUUUUUAUUCUAACGAUAAUCUUGAUUUUUGCUAAUAUUGCAAUUCUAAAGCUCAAUAACGUAUCAAUAUCAAAUGAAUCCACAAUUCCACAACAAACCAACAAAACAAUUUUCGUGAAUUUGGAAGAUGUUGAAAAACAGAAUCGUGAAUGGAAUGCGAAUGAUAUAAUAAAUCUAGCUGUCAAAACUUGCACCAAACGUAUAUCUUCGAAAUACUGUAACACUUCUGGAUUGAGCCCACGAAAUCCAUAUAAAAUACUAUUGAUUGGAAAUAGUUGGGCACCAAAUCAUGGAAAUUUGUUUUAUGAAGAGUGUAAAGAUAAGGCAAAUAUCUUGGUGUUAGGAGCAAAUACAGGUAUGUCUGAAUAGCUGGAGAUUACCCGAAUCCUAUUGUAUUUCAAAAAAUACUUUAUUCAACUUUCCCAAACUCUCUUACUUCAUUUUUGCAAAAGUUAUAUAGAAAGUUUGAUUAAUUUAUAGCCUGCGAACCAUUUUAUCUUUCAAAAGAGUGGAAUUGUCAGCCAAAAGAUUUUGAUGAAACCAGAAAACAUGUUGAGAAUUUGAAACCGGAUUAUAUAUUUCAUAUAACUCGACAUAUUGCAUAUGGUGAAAAUUUCAAUGGAACAUCAUUUGAAAAUGAUGAAGUUUAUCAAAAAAUGUGGAAAGAAAUGAAGAAAUUAUUGAAGUUUGUUAAUAAAAAGGUGUAUUUAUUGGACGCGAUACCAACUGUGAAAAAAACAGAAAUUGUGAAAUUGGUCGGUUAUCUUAGAAAAAAUAUUUCAGCGGUUGAAAUAGAUGUAGGUUUUCAGCUCAAAAAUCACAUUUUGAACCCCACUCCUCACAAAAAAUCCGAAUUUUCUUCAGAAAAUCAUGCUCGACUUGACGAAUUAUGAAGGAGCUCGAGCAAGAUAUGCACAAUUAAUAAAAGAUUGCGGUGAUAAAUGCGAACUCAUUGAUUAUCAUGAUAUAUUUUAUCGAAAAGAUUCGAAAACUUUUCGAUUUUUUGAUGAUAAUGGAUUUGAAUAUAUCACAAAUAUUUUGCAUUUAACUGCAUUGGGAUUAGAAAAAGUUCGACCGAUUUGGAGAAAAAUAUGUGCAAAUUUAUAA